AUGAAGGAAAUUAAUAAAAAUCCCUCAAAUAAAAGAGAAUUCCGAGGCAUACAGACAGCCAGUGCUGUAGAAUCCUGGAAUGCCGGUCCACGAAGUAGGAUAAGCGGAAUUACUAAUCACGGCGCAACUUGCUACUUAAAUACACUACUACAGAUUCUUUUCCACACUCCAGAUCUGACAAGCUUUCAGAUUUUACAAGAAAUUUUGAUUCUCUUUUCAAAUCUUUUGAAAGGAGACGGAACUCCAAUUUCUGCCAAAGCUCUAACGGAAAGUUUCGGCUGGACUUCAGAUGAAGUGCAUAUCCACCAGGAUAUUCAGGAAUUGAAUCGCUUACUGUUUGAAGAAUUGGAAGAUAAUUUAAAAAAUACAAUUGAAAGAAACCUCAUUAAUGACCUAUACAAGGGAUGUUUGAAAACGACAGAUGAAUUCCAAGAUGUCAACUUGUCGGUUUCUGAUUGCGAUUCAAUCGAAUUAGCCCUUGACAACCAUACACAAACGGAAACACUUGCUGGCGAUAAUCAAUACUUCUGCGAAAUAUGUAAAGGUCGAGUUGAUGCAAUAAAGGUAUUUAGAAAUGAUUGA